UAAAUAAAUAAAUUAGUUAAUUAAAACUCUCUCUCUCUCUAACUCUCUCUCUCUCUGCGUCACACCAAACACGCGCUCUGCCCUCCCCUUCCGUCUUCUUCAAUUCGCCUUUUGCAGUUUCAACCGCCAUACGCAUCGCCCACGCCUUCCUUCGUCGCCGGCCGGAGACUAUGGGGAACUGCCAGGCCGUCGACAAUGCCACUCUCGUCAUCCAACAUCCCACUGGAAGAGCGGAAAAGCUUUAUUCCCCAGUCACCGCCAGCCAUAUCAUGAAGGCCAAUCCCGGCCACUACGUCGCGCUUCUCCUCACCACCACUGUAUACUCCAACAAAACCGCCACCGCGCCGGAGAAUAAAAAUGCUCCGCUCCGCGUUACGCGGAUCAAGCUUCUCAGGCCGACCGAUACUCUGAUUCUAGGUCAUGUGUACCGCCUCGUCACCUCUCAGGAGGUGAUGAAGGGGCUGUUGGCGAAAAAGCAAGCGAAGAUGCAGCAAUUGCAGAAGAAUGGAACGAUGGAUGAAAAACAGAGUUCAGAAUUAGCAUCGGCGGUUAGAAAACCUGCUGUGAAGAACAACAAUCAGGCAAAACCAGAAAGGCAUAGGUCAAGAAAUUCCACCCCAUCAAAAUCAAGAACAUGGCAACCAGCAUUAAAGAGCAUUUCUGAGUCUGCAAGCUGAUUCUGAUCAUUCUGCCCUUCCUUCUGUUUCUUGGUUCUCACUUCACUUCAUCUCUCCCUGUUGAAUUUUGUAAAUUACUUAGUUUUAAGUCAGACCAAAAAAAAAAAGGAAAAAAAAGAAAAAGAAGGCGCUGGUGAUGAUACAUUCUAGAGUGAGAAACACUACCCCGUGUUGUAAUAGAAAUCUUUGCUGCCCUUUUUUA